UCGCGCUAAAAGUAACAGUAGACCGACAAAGUGGGUGAAAACAUUACGAACGUUUACCAUUUCGUUUGGCUCAUGAAGCGACUCUACCCGGAAGUAAAACCCCAGCUGCUUAGCGACCGGCGGACCAAUGGGCGCGCGGCGUCACAUCGCAAGUUGAGGCCACACAAAUUGCAGUGAUGACGGCUAACAAGGGCGAUUAAAUGCCGCCCAAGGGAAAAGGACCCCUGCAACAGGUCCACAGAGAGGUGGACGACAUGAGGGGGCAGCUGGAGAGUCUGUUGAAAGAUGUUCAGGGUAAGGUGGAAACCAAAGAAGAGUCCUUUCGGAGGUGCCAAGAACUUCAGAUAUCCGCAGAGAAAACACUGAAGAAUCUGACACAGCUGACCAAGGCUGAUGAGAUUGCACCAGUGGGCAACUACGACCAGAGGAAACUCGAGGAAGAAAGACGAUUGCACAACGUCCUGGAGCAGCUGAACAAACUCUCCGGGGAGCUCUCGCCGCCGGGACCCAGCACGGAGCCGCCGACGGGUGACGCCCAGAAAGAAGACGGCGAGGACGACGGGACCGAAGACGGCGAUGAGGCCGACAGCGACGAAGACACCGCCGCCGAUAAGGACGACAGGCGCCAGGACGAGAGUCAAGCGCCGAACGCGACCCCGCACUCGGAGCCUUGCAUCUACACCGCGCUCAGUGAUUUCAAAGGGGACCAGGAUGGAGAUUUGACCGUUAAGCGAGGCGACACAUUGAAAAUCAUCAGGAAGACGAGUGACGGCUGGUGGCUGGCUGAGAACGCCAACGGCGACAGAGGAGUGGUGCCAAGAACAUACCUGAAGAUCGGUUCUGUCCUCGGUGACGACAAGGAUGAAGAAGAAGAUGAAGAGUCUGACGAGGCUGAGGAGGAGCAAGAGGGUUCCGACGAGCUGGGCGAAGAAGAAGAAGAUGAAGAAGAAGAAGAGAAGCGGAGUGACGCUCCCCAGUCGAAUUGGCCCACUUUUAGAAAAGCGCUAACUGAGAUUGACGCUACCGACGUCCUCGCCGCCAUGGGCACCAUCCCUUCCGGGUUCAGGCCGUCCACUCUCAGUAAACUGCUGGUGGAUGAAGGUGCCAAAUACAGAGGAAGUCAUUUCAUGCAGCCGGAGCUCAGCCAAUCACAGCUCUCCUUCAGCGACCUCUUCUUGGAUCCGGACACUGGCAGGGUACGCCCACGACACACGCGGACCUGCGUUUGCUUCACCCUGUGGAGCUGCAAGAGUAUUCCCACACCCGGGGUCGGCGUCCAAGUCCUCAGCAGACACAUUCGCCUCUGCGCCUUCGACGGAACUCGGGUGCUGAGUAACAUCCAUACGGUCAGGGCCACCUACACCCCCAAAAAGCCCAGGACAUGGCUCUUCUCCCCGCGGACGGCCGGCCUCCUGCCCUCGCUGCUGGACGGAGACUGCUUCCUGCGCUGCGACGCCGACAACCCCGACCUCGGAAUCCUCUUCGAGCUGGGCGUCACCUUCAUACGCAACUCGACAGGCGAGCGGGGAGACCUGAGCUGCGGUUGGACUUUCCUCAAACUGAGCGACGCCGCCGGAAACCCGCUUCCUCACAGGACAUAUGAGAUCCCAGUGAGCGGCGGCACUCCUUACGAGAAGGACGUCGACAUGGAGGGGUCGCUCACUCGAGCACCUCCAGCUGGCAUGUUCCAGCAGAUGCUGAAAGCGCGGCGGCAGCCCAAACUCAUCGUCAAGUUCAAGACGCCCAACAGUCGCAUCAAAAUGCAACUCAGCUUCCUGCCCAACACGCUGCUGCACUGUCUGAGCUCGGUCCCGCUGCUGGCGAUGUACAGGCAGCUGCUGGCCGACGCGCUGCUGGUGGACCGGCCCACCAUGCAGAACGCGGAUUUGAUAUUCAGUCCCGUGCUUGCCACCUUCCCGAGCCUCGUGGACCAACCCGACCUGCUGGAUGCUGUCAGGACUGCCUGGAUGGAUGCGGAAAACAACAUGAGCCGGGCACAGAAGAGAGACGAGGCUCGGGUGAAGCAGGAGUUCGCGAAGGCGUUCCAGUCGUCUGCGUCGUUCCUGCUGCGCUCGUCUUCUCUGCCGUCCCACCGUUGGGCCGACCCCGCCUCGGAGGAGCAGCGCUCGCGCCUCAUCGCCUCAACGCUGGAGGCGCUCAAGCGGGCCCGCGGCCCAUCGGGGAGCUCGGAGCUCCUGGCCGACCCCGGCCCCGCUCAUCUGGCCUUUGACGUCACUGAGAUGACCUUUGACCUCCUGCGGGUGGCGCGCUAGAGCGAGAGAGUGAGCACCGCAAUGCCAAACCUUUAUUAUGGACAUGGAUGGAAAAAAAACACAUAUAGCAUACAUAUUUUUGUAAUAUUUGUAUUCAAAUUUAAACUGGUGGUCGCCUCAAUGCACAUGUCACCAUUAAAAAAAAAUAUAUAUAUACAA